CUUUCCUCCUCACUCUCUGCCUCCUUCCAUCCUGCUGGGUCUUUUCUCUUGUCUACUUUUCUGGAUGCCCCAGGAAUCAUGAGCCGCCAGUUUAGCUCCCGGUCGGCGUUUAGCUCCAGGAGCAGUCGGGUUUAUAGUGUUGGUUCCCCUGCAGGCUCUGGCGAUGGGAGCCGGGCUGUGGGAUCUGUGUGUCAGGCCCGGGGAAGGUGUGGUGGUGGUGGUGGGUAUGGGAGCCAUGCAGGGAGGUUUGGCUCCAGGAGCCUCUACAACCUGGGUGGCAGUAAAAGCAUCUCCAUCAGCCUAGUGGGGAGAAGCGCCAGCAGUUUCUGCCAGGGUAGGGGAGCGGGAGGAGGAUUUGGAGGGGGCAGAAGCUUUGGAGGUGGUGGCUUUGGGGGUGGUGGCUAUGGAGGAGGUAGUCUGGGGGGUUCUGGGUUUGGGGGUAGCAAUUUUGGGUCUGGAGGUUUUGUUUCUUCUUGUCCCCCGGGGGGCAUCCAAGAGGUGACCAUUAACCAGAGCCUCUUAGAACCACUUUGCCUGGAGGUGGACCCUGAAAUUCAGAGGAUUAAGACCCAAGAACGGGAGCAGAUCAUGGUUCUCAACAACAAGUUUGCCUCCUUCAUUGACAAGGUGAGAUUCCUGGAGCAGCAGAACCAGGUGCUACAAACAAAAUGGGAGCUGCUGCAGCAGAUAAACACGUCGACUUGGACCAACAACCUGGAGCCCAUCUUGGAGAGCCAUAUUAGCAAGCUUCAGAAGCAGGUGGAUUUUCUCAAGGCGGAGCAGAUGUGCCAGAGCUCGGAGAUCAGAAGCAUGCAGGAUGUCGUGGAGGACUACAAGAAUAAGUAUGAGGAAGAAAUCAACCGGAGGACCAGCGGUGAGAAUGACUUUGUCAUCCUGAAGAAGGAUGUGGAUGCUUCUUAUAUGAGCAAAGUGGACCUGCAGUCUAAGGCAGAUAUUCUGUUUGAGGAGGUUGAGUUCCUGAAACGUUUAUUUCAAUUGGAGCUGUCUCAGAUGCAGACCAACAUCACAGACACCAAUGUCAUCCUGUCCAUGGACAAUAACCGCUCCCUGGAUCUGGACAGCAUCAUCGAUGCGGUGCGGACCCAGUAUGAGCUGAUUGCACAAAAGAGCAAGGAAGAGGCUGAGGGGCUGUACCAGACCAAGUACCAGGAGCUCCAGAUCGCAGCCGGAAGACAUGGAGAUGAGCUGAAGAUCAGCAAGAUGGAGAUCUCUGAGCUCAAUAUCACCAUCCAGAGGCUGCAGGCAGAGAUCAGCAAUGUCAAGAAGCAGAUAGACCAGAUGUACACGGCCAUUUCCGAUGCGGAGGAGAGAGGAGACCGGGCCCUGAAGGACGCACAGCAGAAGCUGCAGGACAUGGAGGACGCCCUGCAGCAGGCCAAAGAGGACCUGGCCCGGCUGCUGCGCGACUACCAGGAGCUGCUGGGAACCAAGCUGUCCUUGGAUGUGGAGAUUGCCACCUACCGCAAGCUGCUGGAGGGCGAGGAGUGCAGAAUGUCAGGGGAGCUGCAGAGCCAUGUGAGCAUCUCUGUGCAGAGCAGCCAGGUGACUGUCAGCGGGGCCGGAGGUGGAGGUGGCCUAGGCUCUGGAGGUUACGGAGGCGGCAGCGGAGAUUACAGCAGCGGGGGCUGUGGCGGCGGCAGCUCCCGUGGGGGCUCAGGCGGCUAUGGAGGGGGCUCCCGAGGGGGCAGUGGAGGUGGUUACUUUGGGAGCAGGAGCGGCAGCGGCGGGAGCUAUAGAGGGAGCAGCAAAGGCAGCAGCAAUUCCGGGGGCGGCGGCUCCUCCCGCGUGCAAAUCAUCCAAACAUCAACCAACACCUCCUAUAGGCGAAUCCUGGAGUAGAGGGCAGGGAUUCUGCCACACCUUGUGGCUCACACACCCCACAAGGCAGGGCCCUCUCCUGUGCCCUUUCCCACGUCCUCCCUGACCCCCCUCUUACUUACCUUUUCCUGAUGAGUCUCAGCAAUUUUGCCUAUAAAUUCUGCUCUAGAUAGGGAAGCAGGUGGAUAACCCCAGACGGCAGAUCUCUCUUUGGAGGGCACUGGCUGGCAGUAACACAGCCAGGUAUUUUCCUAACUCAGAUGCCACUCAGCUGGCCCUGCUUCUGUCCCUGGGGAUACCCAGGGGUUCAGUUUAGCCAUGGAGACAAAAAGCCCACUGAACACCUGCAAGGCGAAUAAUGGAGAGUUGAUGUCAACAACACCAGGUUUCUCACGCCCAGGCUCCCUUUCCUGUACUUGGGCUGCUCUGUGAACAAUAAUCCGUCUCUUAGGGGGACCCACAAAAAGAGGGUUUGGGGAGAGCAGGUGAUGAGAUGGCAAGCUAGCUUGGUAAGGGGACCUUCUGUGUCAGGGACUGAGUCCUGCCUCUUGGUUUGUAGCCUCCUCCUUUGCUGUUGAUAGGGAGUGGAUUUGCUGCCCACAUCGGACACCUUUAAGUUCCCUCUGGUCCUGAUUCUGAAUCUCCAUCUCAGGAAGCAUUAUUCCCUGGGAAAGGGAUAUUCAGAGAGCAGGAGUCCUUGUCCACAGGGAGGAAUGUAAUUAGCAAUGAGUGGAGGAGUUGAUGGACAGCAAUCCUGCUUUUCUGUCCUGUCCCUCCUGACAGCUCCAUUCUUUGGAAGUGUGGCCCCUCCAGGACUCUGCUCCGUAGUGGCACCCAUGCGACUUGUCCAAGAUGCUGGACUAUUCUGUCUAGGUGCCCAGGUCCUGAGGAUUUUGAGAAUCAGACUUGGCUCUUGCCAGGGCUCAACCCUGAACCAGUCUGCGAGCUGCCUGUUGUUUGCAAGGUAGCUUCAUCCUGUUUCCCAGACUGCCAAAUCCCAUUUGUGUCCUGUUCUCUGUGAGUCUGAGCCCCUUGUGAGGUUCUGACUCUUUAUUUGCCCUCUCACAUAAGAUGCUUCAGAGGGGACAGGAUGGGGAAGAUAUUGGCCAACCGAGGGGGCCCUGUGGGCCUUGAGAGAGGGAAGGUGGAUUUGCUGCUAAGAUCUUCAGGGACCUCCACUUGCUUGCUGAGUCCUAGCGCAAUGUCCAAGUCCACAAUUCUUUUGGGACAUCUGCUAGGCUCAGGGUGGUUCCCCCAGGAAGUACUGUGACCGCAUCCUCUCCUGGUUGAAGGUUGUACCUUGAAGGGCUUGACAUUUCUGGUGUCUCUCUGCAAUAAAUUUUCUGUGAUCUCGAA